AUGUUUUUUAGGCCAGUGCAAAAUCAUUUUGAAGACGAUAAACAAGAAUUAGAUAAACAACAAUUUAAUGAAGCUGAAAAGGAAAUACAAAAAUUUAUAAUCGAGCAUUUGGAACUAACACCACGUCGAAAAAUGUUUCAAGAUUACGAAAAGAAAUUAAGCGAAAUGUGGAGUGAAAUCCAAGUUGGUGGUGAAUCUUCAAUAAUAACUGCUGAUAAAAUUAAAGUAGAAAGUGAAUUAAAGGUGAUUAUGGAAUUAAAUAAGUUUCGAAAGAUGAAUGCUGCAGAUUGUAUGAGUUUUCAAAACCAACUAAGAAUUAAACGGGCGAAGGAAAUGGAAAAAGAUUUGUUGAAAUCACAACAAAAAUUUAUAUUAAACGAAACUAUGCUCCUUGAAAACCUGCGAACAGAAAAUCCUUCAAGAAGUGUAGGAACCAAAAAAGCAACAAAAAUGAAAGAUGAUAAAGUUUCAUCUUCAGAUUAUUUUAAGUCAUCACAAAAUGAAAUACAAUUAAGAAAUAUUCGAUUCACGCCAGAAAAUACUCUCGCCUUAACACACCAAAAGUUUAAAUAUUGA